AUGGAGUCAAUUGCUCGCAAGCUUGGCAUUAAACUUCUAGACGCUGAACAUGAAUAUUCUGAAGAGUUUGAGCCUGAACUAAAACUGAUUUCCGCCAAAUCCUUUGCUUGCAUGUCAAACUGCUAUAAAAGUGAUGCCCCAUUCCAAGACUGCAAUCUCUGUUCAAGAAAAUGUUCUUUAACCCUUGCAAAGGCUCAGACAGAGCUAGAAGGAACCAUAAAUCACGUGAAUUCCUCAUUUAAAAACUGUACCAAAGGUUGCGCUUAUAAAUUUGGAGAAGAGGAGAUUCCUGAAAAUGUGAAAUGUUUUGAAGACUGCUUUAACAGCUCAUAUGCAAUACUUGCUGAGCAUAAGGACAGAGUUAAAGCGAAACUUAAGGAAUUCUUAUAA